AGCACGCGGGCCGGGAUGGCCGCUUAACCGGGGCCCGGAAGUGCUGCCUCUUCCCGGCUGUGCCGGGGCCAUGGAGCGGGUUCUGCCUGUGCUGCUUGUGCAGCUCCCUGCCGAGGAGACGGCGCAGCUCGGAGCGCGGGCGCAGCUGCACCGAGAGCAGGAGGCCCUGGGGAGCCUGACGGCUGCGGGCAGUCUCCGAGUGCUCUCCCUGGCGCCGGGCAGCAGGGGUGAAAGCAGCUGCUGCCUCCAAGGCCCCUUUGGGCACUUCGUAUGGGAGGAGUGUCGUGACCACAGCAUAUCCACAGACAAGCCCAAGCUGCUCGCCGUUCGUGAGGAUUAUGAACUGCGCGUGUAUGAGUUUGAUUUGAAGGACGGGCGAUGCGAGUCGACUUUAUUACACAGCUGCUGUGGGCGGACACUGCAGACGCUUGUUGAAGACCGAGGAGUCUGUAUUGCCUUGGAGUCUCUGAGAAUUCUGUCCUUUCACAAUACGGCCUUACUGCUCAUCAAUAGAUGUCUCGUCCUCCACAUUGCGUUUCCAGGGGGAGACUCCGGAAGUGUACUGGACUGCUUCCCGCUGCCCUUGCCGCCAGCGGCGGCCGACACGGUUAUUGACGUACAGUUCUGCAGGGGACUUCUUUUUGUUCUGAGUACAUUACACUGGAUCUAUAUUUUUGACACUUCAGAUGGCAAGCAGGUAGCUCGUGUGGACUUGGCUCUUCUCCGAGAGGACUCUGAGCAGCAGGAGGCAGCCAGCGCUCCCUCCUUCACAUCACUGAAAGUGUCUCAGGACUUAGAUGUCUUGGUGAUCGUCAGUUCAUCUCACUCUGCAGUUGCUCUCAACCUGAAUUUGUAUUUCAGGCAACACCCAGGACACCUACUGUAUGCAGGAACACUGGAAGACCUUCCUAUUGAAGGGCCUACUGGAAUAGACGAAGAUGACCUUGCUAACUCUGUCCACAACAUGAGACUCACCAAGGUCUCCUUUCGGGUUGAUAGGUCUUGGAGGGCCCAGCUGUCAGCACUGAAGGAAACAAUGAGCUCCAAGCCAGAGGCUUCCUGUUGUGCUCCGUGGUUCCAGGGUGUUUUGCGUUUGGAGUCCCCGGAAUCUGGUAACCCCACUCCCGUUGUGCCGAGCCACGUUUUCAUUCCAGGGGAUGCCACGUGUGGCCAGUGUGCUUUUCCGCAGAAGGAGCACAUCAAGACUAGUGACCCAAGGUGGUGGGAGACGAUGCGGCUGAGCAGGCAAGAGCAGCCUGCGGAGCUGCAGUGUAUGUCUGUAACGGGAUUUACUGCGCUGUUUGCUCGGGCAGUAGGAACCAGCAGCUGCAUCAUUGUCCUCUGGGACCUGGAGACCCAGGGCCUGCAGUGUCUUCCUCUCAGCCAGCCCUGUACUCCUGUCCAUAGCAGUGGGGACCAGCAGCAGUGCCUCGUUCUGACAGAAAAUGGACUCUCUCUGAUUCUGUUUGGUCUCACUCAAGAGGAGUUUCUGAACAGACUGAUGAUCCAUGGCAGUGCCAGCACCGUGGACUCCCUUUGCCAUCUCAACGGCUGGGGACGGUGCUCCAUUCCUAUACACGCUCUAGAGGCUGGCAUAGAAAAUCGGCAGCUGGAUACGGUAGAUUUCUUCCUGAAGAGCAAGGAAAAUCUUCUUACUCCGUUGUCAAAACCUCCCGUUCCUGAUCAGCUGCAUCAGCUUCCAUCCCAGUUAUAUUUAAGACAGGUGGAAGAGAUGAGACCAGCACUGGAUUUGCUCUGCUCGGCAAUCAGAGAAAGCGACUCUGAGACCCAGAGCAAGCACUUUGCAGAGCAGCUGCUUCACCUCACACUCUCCUUUCUUAACAAACAGAUAAGGGAGAUUUUUGUGCACACUGAAGAGCUCGAUGAGCAUCUCCAGGAAGGAGUGGACAUUUUGACCAGCUACAUCAAUGAACUUCGGACUUUCAUGAUAAAGUUUCCUUGGAAGCCAGCAGAUGCCCCUGAGAACUGUGACGUAAACAAAGAUGUCCUCACAGUAAAGGAGGGCAAAAUCUGGGAGAGACUCAACUUUGAGGAAGUUAUUGCUGAUGCCAUUUUAAAUAACAAGAUACCAGAGGCGCAGACUUUCUUCAGGAUUCCUGGUCAUUCUGCUCAACAACUGGAGGAGCUGGUCAGGAUAGGCCUAGAUUUGGUGUUUGACAGUUUGAAAAAGAACAGUGUAGAUAAAGCCUCCACGCUCUUGAGGAAUAUGGGCUUCAAUGUGGAAGAUGAGUUGCUCAGGAUAUGCUUUUAUACAACUGAUAAAAAUAUACGGGACCUUUUGGUUGAAAUUUUAAAAGGAAAAGAAUGUUUUUCUGAAAAAGAAAGAAGAACUAUAAACUUUGUUCAUCAAGUUGAAAAGUUUUAUUCAGGACAUUUCCAAGAAAAUGUUCAGACGCACUCCUUCCCCAGUUAUUGGAUAAAGGAACAGGACUAUUUGAAGCACAAAUCUGUCUUGGAUACAUUCCUCAAACGUGAUCGAACAGAUGAGUUUAGUGAAAAGGACCACAGGAUUGCACUGAAUUGGGCUCGCUGGUGGGAUCAGCAAACACAAGAAUGCAUCCUUCUCCCCAGGAUAAGUCCAGAAGAAUACAAAGCACAUUCCCCGGACGCUCUCUGGAGAUACCUCACGGCUCGCCAUGACUGGUCAAGCAUUAGCCUGUGGAUUGAAGAAUUUCAGACCCAGGAGACUGAGCCCCCUCAGCAGAACAAGUGGCCCCCUCUGAGUGCUGCCAUCAUUGAUCAGAAUACUUGCUGCAACAGUUAUAUGAGGAAUAAGAUUUUGGACAAGCUGGCCAGGAGCGGGGUUUUUCUCGCAUCUGAACUGGAAGACUUUGAGCUCCUCCUCCUGAGACUCAGCCGGAUUGGGGGCGUAAUGCAGGACCCCCUCCCCGUGCAAAGCUACAGCCCCUCAGGAGGGCGGGACUUCCACUCCCUCUUCAUCCUCCACUGUGUGGAGCACAGCCUGCAGCACCUUCUCUACGUCUAUCUUGACUACUACAGACUUAGCCCUGGAAAUUGUCCUUUUUUGGAAAAGAAAGAACUACAUGAAGCUCACCCUUGGCUUGAAUUUUUGGUUCAGUGUCGGCAAGUUUCCAGUAACUUAACAGAUCCCAAGCUGAUCUUCCAGGCCAGCCUUGCAAAUGCUCAAAUUUUGAUUCCCACCAAUCAGGCCAGUGUGAGCAGUAUGCUGUUGGAAGGACACACCCUCCUGGCCCUUGCUACUACCAUGUAUGCUCCUGGGGGUGUCAGCCAGGUCAUUCAGAAUGAAGAAAAUGAGAACUGUUUGAAGAAGGUGGACCCCCAGCUGCUGAAGAUGGCUUUGAUGCCUUACCCAAAGCUGAAAGCUGCCCUCUUCCCACAGGGCGCCGCUCCCAGUGUCCUGCCUUCUGAUGUCACACUCUACCACCUCCUUCAGUCUUUGCCGCCCUUUGAUCCUAGCAGAUUGUUCGGCUGGCAGUCUGCCAACACACUGGCCAUAGGAGAUACAGCCAGCCAUCUCCCACAUUUUUCCAGCCCUGACCUGGUGAGUAAAUACGCUGUAGUGGAGCGUCUGAAUUAUGCGUAUUAUUUACAUCACGGACGCCCAUCGUUUGCCUUUGGCACUUUCCUGGUCCAGGAGUUGAUCAAGAGUAAGACUCCCAAACAACUGAUCCAGCAAGUAGGCAAGGAGGCCUACACCUUAGGGCUCACUUCCUCCCACAGCCCUGCAGUAGCAGCUGCCUGUGUGUGCUUCUUAGAGUUGCUUGGUCUUAGCAGCCUCAAGCUCAGAGUUGACAUGAAAGUGGUGAAUGUGAUUCUGGGCUACAAGUGCAGAAAUGAAGACGUUCACCCCAGUUCUGUCAGAGAGUCUCUAGCUGAAAAGCUGACUAAGCUUGCUGCCGGUGACAAGGCCACCACCGAAGAGCUGCUCGUUCUCUUGGAAGAAGGCGUGUGGAACAGCUUUGGGCAACAGGGUUUCAACAGGUUGUCCAGUGAAUCCAGCAGCCAGUGGGCAUUAGUCUUACAGUUCUGCACGGUCCAUAAUAUGAAGCUGAGCCUGUCCUACCUUAGAGAAUGUGCCAAAGCAAAUGAUUGGCUGCAGUUCCUGGUUCACAGCCAACUCCAUAACUACCACCCAGAAGAGGUGAACUCUCUCCUCCAGUACUUCAGCCCCGUCCUUCAGAGCCACUUGAAGCUGGCUUUUGAGAAACUGUCAUCAGGAUCUAUCUCUCAAGCGGACGGGGAUCAAGACUACAAGGGCCACCAGGAACUCCAGCAAAGCAAAGAAGAGACGAGGGAUUUCUUUGAAAUUCUCCACCAGUGCUCGGAGGAGUCGGCCUCCUGGUCCUGGCUUCUGGCUGAGGCAGUGAGACAACGGGCUCCUGUCCUCAGUGUCCUGGCCGCUUGUCUCCAGGGUGCCAGUGCUGUCCCCUGUCUAUGUGUUUGGAUUGUCACCUCUGUGGAGGACAGGGUUGCAGCUGAAGCAAUGGAACACAUCCAGGCCUCUGUAGAGGAUCAUCCAUGGAGCCUUGAGGACCUGUCCGUUAUCUGGAGAACUGUGUUGACGAGGCAGAAGAGCCACACCCUCAUCCGAGGCUUCCAACUUUUUAUUAAGGAUUCUCCCCUUCUAUUGAUUAUGGAGAUGUAUGAACUGUGUAUGUUCUUCAAGAAUUACGAGAAAGCCAAAGUCAAGCUUGUGGAGUUCCAGAAAAGCCUUGAGAUGCUUGACACAGCUCCUGCAAGGCGCCUUCCUGUCCUCCCUGCCGCAUGGAUGAAGGACCAGGCGUGUUUCAUUUUGAAACUCAUGCCACAGCAGUGUCAGACACAGUAUGAGCUGGGGAAGCUCCUCCAGCUGCUUGUCGGAACUGAGCCCCUCUUCUCCGACGGCCCAGAUGUGCAUAAGCUGUGUGUGCUCAGCCAGAUCUUGAAGGAUACACCUGUGGCCAUCAGCCCUGCAGUUAUUACCAGCUACAGCCCUGAGAAUUUUCAGCAUGAGUGUAGAUCUAUUUUGGAAAAGCUGAAGGCGGAUGGACAGUUUGCUGUGGCCAGGAGAGUAGCAGAGUUAGCAGCGUUGCCUGUGGACAGCUUGGUCAUUGAGCAGCUAACCCAGGAAAUGGAGACCCUAAAACACACUCAGAAGUGGUCCAUCAAACACACAAGAAUUGACUUCUGGAAAAAGUGCCAUGAAAACUUUAAGAAAAACUCCAUUUCGAACAGAGCGGCCUCUUCCUUCUUCUCCAGCCAGGUCCCUGUGGUGAGUGAGCAUCCCGCUGAGCCAGGCAGCCUGGAGGAGCGCCACCUGCUGCUCACGCUGGGAGGGCACUGGCUGGCCCGGGAAGAGCCUGUUCCCUUGGGAGAACUGGAAGAGCUGGAGAAACAGGCCUGGAUCUGCCGCAUCACCCGGCAUGCCUGUGGAGGGGGCACGGAGGAAACCCAGCCCAGCCCCUCUCAACAAGUGUCAGCUGGCGCUGAACUGUCUUUUGAUAUCUUAGCCGAUGAGUUUUCCUUCUCCAAGCUUGCUGCUCUGAACACAUCCGAAUACUUAGACCUUAAUGGUCUUCCAUCUAAAGAGACGUGUGAGAACAGGCUGAAUUGGAAGGAGCGGGAAGCACUGAAUGCUCUGAUUGGACAGCUGCUGGAUGGCAGCUGUGUGCACGAAGCAAGCAGGGUGUGCCGGUAUUUCCACUUCUACAGUCAGGAUGUGGCGCUGGCGCUGCACUGCAGAGCCUUGGCGUCCGCAGAGGCCGGCGUGGACGACCUGCACUCAGACAUCCGAGCUCUCCUCCCAAGUGCUGCGCUGCCUGACGACCAAGAGAGCCCUAGCGCCCCUCUCCGGAAAGUCCAUAGCACUUCGAGUUUGGACAGUCAGUCAUUUAUGAUGGCGCCCUCUACUGAUGAGGUGACGAGGAGUCUACGAGCUCUCACCAGCAAGUGCCUCCGCGGGAAGAACUACUGCCGGCAGGUCCUCUGUCUGUAUGAACUUGCCAAGGAGUUGGGCUGCUCCUAUGCUGAUGUUGCGGCCAGGGACAGUGAAGCCGUGCUGCGAACAAUCUUGGCUUCUCAGCGGCCUGACCGAUGCAGACAAGCCCAGGUCUUUAUCAGCACCCAGGGCCUGGAGCCGGACACUGUGGCUGAACUAGUGGCUGAAGAGGUGACCCGAGAGCUGCUGACCUCAUCGGAGGGAACAGGAGAAAAGCAGCCUCUCAACCCAGCAGAGGAGAGCCAAACACUUCUCCAGCUAACUGCUGUGUGUCAAGACCGCACACUGGUAGGCAUGAAGUUGCUGGACAGGAUUCCGUCUGUCCCCCACGGGGAGCUGCCCUGCACCACAGAGCUCCUGAUCCUGGCCCACCACUGCUUCACCUUCACGUGCCACAUGGAGGGCAUCAUCAGAGUCCUACAGGCCGCCCGAAUGCUUACAGACAACCACUUGGCUCCCAAGGAGGAGUACGGGCUGGUGGUACGCCUCCUCACCGGCAUUGGAAGGUACAAUGAGAUGACGUACAUAUUUGACUUGCUGCAUCAAAAGCACUAUUUUGAAGUUCUGAUGAGGAAGAAGCUAGAUCCGAGUGGCACCCUGAAGACAGCCUUGCUAGACUACAUCAAGCGCUGCCGCCCUGGAGACAGUGAGAAGCACAACAUGAUUGCCCUGUGCUUCAGCAUGUGCCGGGAGAUAGGGGAGAAUCAUGAAGCGGCGGCCUGUAUCCAGCUGAAGCUGAUUGAGUCCCAGCCCUGGGAGGAAAGCCUCAAGGAUGGAGCCCAGCUCAAACAGCUCCUGCUUAAAGCCCUGACUCUGAUGUUAGAUGCAGCGGAGAGUUACGCCAAGGACUCCUGUGUGCGGCAAGCCCUACACUGUAACCGGCUCACUAAGCUGAUAACACUGCAGAUUCACUUUCUCAACACUGGUCAGAACACAAUGCUAAUCAACUUGGGCCAUCAGAAGCUAAUGGACUGUAUCAUGGCUCUACCUAGGUUCUACCAGGCUUCUAUUGUAGCUGAGGCCUAUGACUUUGUUCCUGACUGGGCUGAAAUUCUCUACCAACAAGUGAUUCUUAAAGGAGACUUUGGUUACUUGGAAGAAUUUAAACAGCAAAAGUUACUAAGACCCAGUAUAUUUGAAGACAUUUCCAAAAAAUAUAAACAACACCAGCCUACCGACAGGGUCACAGAAAACCUGAAGAAGUUACUCUCAUAUUGUGAAGACAUCUACCUGCAUUACAAGUUGGCAUAUGAACACAAAUUUUUUGAAAUUGUAAAUGUGCUUCUGAAGGACCCUCAAACAGGAUGCUGUCUUAAAGAUAUGCUUGCAGCUUAGAAGAUCUGAAAGAUGCCUUAUUGCUUUUUGUACCUAUAUGGCAAUAAAGUAUUUGGAGAUCUUUCUCCCCACUUGAGGUGAGAAACCCAGAAACACACCAUAUCGCAUCAGUCAUUUGUGACUACAGGGAAUGAAGGGGAAACUGGUAUAAGGUCAAAGACUUGUUAGAAUGGCUUCCACAUUAGGAGAACAGUCAUGAUUAAAGAGUACCUGUGCCUGGAAGUUCCAGUUUCAAAGCAAUUUAAUCUUAUUUACACAGUUAAGGAACAGGUGAUAGAUA